GGCGUGGCCAGGCGCGUGGACGUGUAUCCGAGCCAAUCAGGACGCAGCCGCCGCGCGUCUGGAGUUUGAGCGCUCGGUUAUAGCGGACUGCUGGCGCGAGCGGGACCGGAAACGCUUUCUGGACUUAACCGAGACUUCCCGGAGACCCUGUACUCCGUCCAGCUGUGCCGACGCGCUCUGUUUACUUAAACCGCCUUGUGAAUGUGGAUGAGAAUCUCUACAGCGCUCCCGAAUUGCCCCUGAGAUAAUUAACGGGUUGGAAUCGGGUAUUUUGGGUUGGCGCGCGCAACGCACGCGUUCAACGUUUUUGAACUUUACCGGUUGUUGUUCUAGUUUAAGAACCGCUACAGAGACAUUACCACUCUAACCGAUUUGCAAUGCUUUGCUAAACGGCACAGACGGCACCGGAUGACGUUUGGGAAGUUUGAGGUAUCAUUUUGUGCGCGUGCCUGUGCGUGUAAGAAUUGCGCCCCGCGUGCAUGGACCUCUGUUGUAUGUAGUGGGCGGCUGUGUGUCGGUGUGAAGGACAGCACGCGCGCAUUUAAGUAAAAAAACAAAACAAAACAAAAAGUCUCCAACCUGUGAAGGUAAAUAGAACCGCGCGUGUCUCCACGAGUGUCGCGAGCUCCGGAUAUACCACCACCAACAACAACAACAACACCACCACCACCACCACCAACAACAACAACAGCAGUGUCUCCAUCCUCUAAGGAAAUGUUCCGACUGGGAAUCCUCCUGAACCUGCUCUUCAUCAGAGGCUGGUUGUCCUCGGUGGUGCCCCUGUUCCCGGGCACGCUGGACUGUGGGCAGGCUGUACAGGAGUGUAUGGCCCAACCUGAGUGUGAAAAACUGUACAGACAGCUGGACUACUGCGUGGACGAAGAAGCCGUUGUGCCGCUCGUUCCUGAAGUCCGCCAAGCCUGCGCUGAUGCCCAGAAUGCCCUGCUGCACCAUCGGCCCCUGCAGGAGUGCAAGUGCCAGCGCGGAUCACGCAAAGAGACUCUCUGUCUCCGAGUGUACUGGACCGUGCGCUUCCCACAGGGGUAUGAUGACAUUGAGACGUCCCCGUACGAGGACAUCGAACUGGAACUUGCGAGAAAUAGCGAAGUAACAAAACUGGCCUCGAUUGUGGCAGUGUCCUCAUUUCCAGUAGAUGGACAGAACCAGUGUUUAAAGGCAGCGCAGGACUGUGGGCUGUUCGAGAAAUGUGGUGCCCUACGUGCAGAGUAUGUGCUGGCGUGCACCAAGCGAGUGGCAGGCUCAGAUCGCUGCAACAGACAGAAGUGCCACCGGGCACUGCGCAGGUUUCUGGAGCGUGUGCCUGAAGAGUACAGCUUUGGUGUGCUUUUCUGCUCCUGCACUGAGCCAUUAUGUGGAGAGAGAAGAAGGAAGACCAUUGUCCCUUCCUGUUCCUAUGAGGAGAAAGAUGCACAACCUAACUGCCUGCACCUGGAGAGCUAUUGCCUCCGUGAUGACCUGUGCAGGUCCAGACUGGCUGAUUUCCAGCAGAACUGCCAGCCGUCCUCUUACUCCCCUUCAGGCUGUCUGCGUGAGAGCGGAGCCGUCUGCCUGAAGGCGUACGCUGGAUUGAUCGGUACGAUCAUGACACCGAACUAUGUGAAUAAUAGCAGUAUGGAGGUGUCUCAGUGGUGUAACUGUGAAGGCAGUGGGAAUCAGCUGCAGGAGUGCCUGCGUAUCCUGCACAUGUUCAACAGCAACACAUGCCUGCGUAAUGCCAUAGAGAACAUGGGGAGCGCCAAUCCUCGGCCUGUGGAGGAUAGGCUGCUCCCUCCUCCUCACCCCUCGCCCCACAUUCAACAUGACGAGCUGAACGUCAACUUGUUCGAAGACCUCAACUUGGUGGAGGAGAGCGAGGAGGAAAAGAACGAGCACGAAGAAGAGAUAGAUCCGGUGGAUGAGUUCAACGUCAUCCCCCCGUUCCCAGAGAAGGCCACUGUCACUGAUUUGGGUUCAGAGACAGGCAGAGUUCAGGGCCGGGCCUCAUCCCUUUCAGCCUCGCUUUAUCUUAUUCUUCUGCUGCUGCUCGUUACCCUCAGCUGGGGGUAGAAACCACCGCCAUUCACACUCAUCCAC